AUGGUCGCCACUACCGUUCGCCACCUAGUUACCGUGCAAGCUAUAGAGAAUGAUAUGGCCACUGACGGAGCCUCUUUGCCACUUCCUGAUGUGAUAAAAGCGUCAAUCUGCCGGGAUAUCGUGACAUUUGUUCACGAGGUGUACUCACCGUACCGGACAUCAUGCAUUUGGGAACAUGUGUCGUGGAGGUCGCAUGUUUGCUCCUACCAAGAUAUGGCGCUGCGGCAUAGGGCAGUGAAUGUUACACAGAAACGCCAUGCUAUGGUUUCGGCUAUCGCAGCAGCUGAUGUGACUUCACUAGUAAUUGCCCGUGGACAUCGUAUUGAGGAGAUUCUUGAGUUGCCUCUGGUUGUUUCUGAUUCCACUGAGGCACUGGAGAAAACAAACGCGACUAUUAAAAUCCUUAAGCAAAUUGGAGCUUAUCCCCGACGCUGA